AUCUACAAGAAGUAUCAAAUUGCGAGAACUGUGAUCUGCCCCUACAGAAAACAAACACCUGAUCAUGCUAGAAAUGUCUAGAGAAUUUUAAGCUACGCGCGGAUUUCAAGCAAUAACUUAAGCCUAAAGAUACGUCAAUCACCAGGAUGAACUUCCCACAGAUGCGUGUCAUUCUCUUGUCAAUCACCCUGCUGUCACGCACUGAGCACGUGAUCUGCCAGAACUGCCCCAAAGGGACAUGCUACGCCGGGACAUUCUCCAGUAAGGACCAAGUGACUAAGGGACGUUAUCUGUUGGGGGCCUCGUACAGGAACCUGAGCUCAGUGUCAAGUCCUCAGGCGUGUCACUCGGCCUGUGUCGGCGACUGUCGAUGUCGAGCGUUCCAGAUGUCGGGCAAGCGAUGCGAACUGCUUGAUAAAGACAAGGAUACCGUGCCUAUCAGUAGAUUUCCAUCUGAUGAAAGCUACGAGUAUUACGAUCUGAAACAGGAAAUUGUCAAGUCCUCGCAUAUGAGCUUUUGCAGUAAUGGCUGCUGUUUGGGUCAGCGGUGUCUCAACGGAGGGACUUGCGUAGAGCACUGCGAGGAUCCGAAGAAGAAGUUCUCAUGCGCCUGCACAACCUCGUGCAGCGGUAGGACGUGUGAGAGAUGCGGCACAUACCGAUCAUGCCGUGACCAUCACGUGACUUACCGCGAGCUUGGACAAGAGAUCGCAGAUGGGGUUUACCAAAUACAGACCGAGGACGGAAAGAGUUUCCCUGUCUUCUGCGCAUUUGAGGGCGACACAGCAUGGGUCCUGCUCGAGUCGUUCUCCCUGGAGAACAAGCAGACUUUUAUGACCCUGUCUUUCAUGGAGGACAACGCAUUCAGUGAAGACACUCCAAACUUCCUCAACUACCGCCUUUCAAGAGCACGCAUGGAAUUCGUGCGAAGCAAAAGCACAUUAUUCAAAGCCACAUGUGCAUUCGACCAAAAGACCCAAAUCCCCGGGUGGCCACGUGAUCAGAUCAUUGCUCGACUAGAUGGGUAUGACGUGGUGAAUCAAGCAGCCACUGGCAGCCAAAAGUGCGUCACGUUUGAAUCUAUUGUGAUAAGGAAUCAGUCUUGUUCCAAAUGUUCGAUUGGGUUGUGGCAUAACGUUGGAAAACAUCAUCCUCAUCUUGACUCAACUGUAGAUGCAUUCUGCUCGUUUAAUCCCUUCAACAGCAAGAAUAGUGAAGACAACUUCGGAUUUUACGGUGUCAUCAAUACAGAAUCAACGUGCUGUUCAAGCCCUGACUCGACAACGCAGUGGUGGCUAGGCCAUGAGGUGGAUAAUGUGUGAUACACCACACUUCAGUGUCAUUAUCAUGAGGUUGGUAAUGUGUUAUUAUCUGAUUGACAUCAUGUUCUUGCAAAGUCCUUUAUUUCACUUAAAUACCUAUGAAUAACUUACAAUCUUAUAGAACGGGAAGAGCUUGAUGUAUCAGCAGGGAAAUAGAGUGGUUUGGUAUAAACUCAUUCAAUAUGAAUGAGGUUAAUAACUAGAAUACUAAAUGAGGAGGAGUAGGUUAAAAACUAGAUAUUAACCGUGAAUACCAAUGAAGGACCAUCAAAUUAAACUUUGAGUAGAAAUGAGCAAAAAUCACCAUUUUUUCGCCACAGAUUUGAUAACAAAAACGAUUGAAUACUAACAAUGCAUUGAUUUAAUUGUUAUGAAACAAAAUUUGCAUUUAUAACCCUCAAAAUUCAACAAUAAGUUCAGCCAAAUUUCCUAUGUACAAUUUUGGAAAUUAUUCCACCAGCAAAGUUAGGCUGUGGUGUGUCUAUCUGAGGCGUCUACUCACUCGUUCCGCUUGUUCAUUUUCGUCUACAUUACAGUUCUCGAAAAAGAUAUUUGGAGUAAUAAAAAUAAAUCGCUCUUCCUCGCUGUCAGUGAGCCCC